GAGGAUCUUCAUUCCUCGCUAGGUAUCCCAGACGACAUUCUGCGAGAACUCUCUCAACCCACGCGGAGAUCUUUACGGCAACGAAAUCCUAUACAACUGCAUCCAUAUUUAGUGGAAGAUGUGAAAUACCGUGGCCUCCUCAAGGGUGCUGGUAUCCAACCAGUACAAAUAGCAGUUGUGAACUCUAAUCCUUCUCAACCACAGAAUGACAGCCAGGAGUUCACUAUAGACUCCGUUGAACCUCCUAACAGCUCUCCAGCCGAUUUCAUGUUCCCACCAUCACCACUACCAGAUUCUAACAGGUCACCUCGGUCAGACGAGCAGAACCAAAGACCUCUCUCGCUCUCGCAAAACGCCUUGAAAGAUAAUCAUUUAGAGUCAUACGUCUCAAAAAGAAGAAAGAUGUCGCACAUCAAGGGAUCAAAAACCCAUGCCCCAAAGCAGAUAUCAGUAGAGGUUGUCAUUGACAACACAAAACGGCUGGAAGACCUAGAAAUGGCAAGUAUAGAUGCACCUACAUCCCCGCCUGGUUCAAGGGGUUUGUCUGCCGGCGGUAUCGUCCACCCUGUUGGAUUCCAAUUUCCUCAGGGCUUCGACCCGCCGCUCUCUAUGUUAACGCCAGUGCCUGCAAUACAGACUGAUCUAAAUGAUGAAGUGGAAGUUGAUACGCCUGUUGAAGUGCUAGACGAGGCACCCAUUCCAGAAGCUGGCAGCACCUCUGGAGACAAUACGCAGUGGGUGGUAGAUGAUCAAAUGAAGAGAGUGCAACGUCGGAUUAAGGGCAUCCUACCGGCUUCGUGGUUACGCUUAGACUUCAAACAAAACAGUGAUAAACCUACUAAGGGCUUUCUUAAGAAGCAACAAGAACCCCAAGCAUCUCAAGCGGGACCAGCCAAAGGCGUUGCAAGAAAGAUAACGAGGACGAAAAGCGAGGCUAUCGACUCUUCGCUACAAAAAAGUCACCAUGAGAUCUCGGUUGAUUCGUCCAGUUCGGGAGACGAAUUUGUGCGACAAGGUUAUGCAGAAGAGGCCCCUACCGAUUUGGUUGGCUUUGAUGAUUAUUCUUUCAAUAAUAUAUACGACGAAAUGGAUUAUGACAUCCCUGAAGACAAUCACAUCGAUGACAUAUUUCCACCUGUGCCCAAGUCACCUUCCAAGUCAAAGAAAUCCCGCUCAAACAAUCUCAAGACGUACAGUGCAAGGAGAAAGAACCAAUUCAGUCGAAUAGCUCUACAGCAGCGUAUAAGAACUGAAGCGGCCUUACCACGACACCCUCAGCCGAAACGGAAGGCGCAGGCACCUAUAUUGGGCGUACUCGAUGCCCCUGACGUAGCCGAGUGUCCCAGAAAAGAGCAACCUCAUUUUCUGAGAAUUGCGGCUAGACAAGCACGGUCAAGACUAGAUCAGGGCAGGUCAAACCCACACCACAAGGUUAUCAAACUAGUCAGCCGAGAGGACACGGAAGAUACGAACAAGGUGCUACAAGCAUGGAAAAGUGGCAUCAUAAAAAAAUCGAGACUGCCGGUUCCCAAGAUUCAAAAGUCAGUAGUACGCAGGCCCCGUGUUGGUAUCUUAAAAAUAAAAAGACACAAUACCAAGGAUCAUCAACGUUCCUCUGCUGGAGUUAAUCAACCCACUAUCCCAGCAAGCUCACGAGAGUUGGCAGAGUCAGGCUCAAAUUUCAAUCGUGAAACUCCUGCGCUCCCAGUGGUUUCGCCAGUUCAUAACCGCUCUGACAAUACAGUUAGUGCAAAGACUAGUUAUCCUGGGGGCAAAUGGGUUUUCCCUCGGGAAUUUGGGAUUUCAUCUUCAACCAGGAAUUUGUCGAGAAUGGCGGAAUUCGAGAGCAGUUCACAGGCCGGCAAUUCAAAUAUCCCGUUCGGCACUCCAUUGGCUGCUUUGAAACCAAAAUAUCGUUAUCCCCAGAGCCGAAAUAACUUUGGGCAAGGUCCCGCCUUAAAUCGCUUUCUGACAGCUACUCCAUCAACUAAGCCAAGUCCUGCUGAGGAUACUAGACAAAUUCGACUCCUAUCUAGAAAUCGAAACGAGAAAAGAGAGAGAAUACCUAGGAAACGAACUCCGACUCGUUUUGAAAUGGAGAAUAUCGAUAAUGGACCUAAUAUUUAUAUUAUCUCCGAGUCACGGAGUGAUUCUGCGGUGUCUUCCGAUGGAUUCAAAACUUCUAGCGUUUUGGGGGAACUAGAGAACUACAACACACUCCCCGUGGAUUUUAAUAUCACCCCUCUUCGAGCGGGGACAUAUUUUCACGAUUCGACGUUCCUCCGCAAUGAUUUUGCGCGUACUUUGAGUAUCGGACACCGAGAUUUGAAUCAAAACGCAGGCAUUGCUCCGAUCCACCUUAAAAAUCAAACAUUUCGCUGGGGGGCGUGGAAUGACACAGUAUCAACUGAGCUAGGCUAUGUUUUCGAGGUAAUGAUGCAAACCAGCAUAGUGCAAGACUCAAAGUCCGAGCCUUUGUUGACAAUGCAUACCGAAUUGCAAACCUUUGAGUCCGUCAUCCGAUAUGUCACUGAUAAGCUCUUCUUCAUUGAUUCUUUUGAUCGAAUAGCCUUUGUGGAUCGCGCAAUAUACCUUUCGUCCAAGUUAAGGAAUUAUGUUCAGGUGGCCUUGCCUCUUAAAGACGACGUACAAAAGCGAUGUUUAAAAUUAGCAAGCCUGAAUAUAGUAUUUGCUAAUCAAAUCCGGCAGAUCGCUGAUCAUAGUUUGGUCAGUCGUUCGAAUUUAGAGAACACCUUGAAUCUAGUCAAAGACCUCAGUCAACAAAUUCUUUUCCUCGUGCUCGAUAAAGCUGGAAUCGUGGAAAUUCUUCAGCUAUACAAGGACAGCAAAUCCACAGAGCGUCGCGAUGCGGGAGUACGUGGUAAUUUUACUUCGGUGGAAGGCUAUGUUCUCGUAUUCCAGAUCUUAAAGUCAUCCGAUAUGUUUAAGCAAUGGUUUCAAGAAAUUAUACUGUCGGUCACUGAGAUAAUGCACUUUCCGCAAGAUGUUCACUCCCUGGAAAACACAUGGAGAGCGAUAUUUACUAUACUCCCACUCAAUGAAAUUGAUAUAUUUGGAAUUGGAAGACCUGGAUCCCGCUUUCAUGGCAAACAUGAUAAUUGGCCAGUGGUGCAAAGGCUGGUAGGCAACGUUCUAAGCGCUUAUGAUCCAGAUUCAAAAUUUCCAGCCUCUUACAUUAAUUACUGCUGUCUCCUCUUUCACCGAUGUUUUGCUUUGAUGACAUCUUGGGGCUGGCGUGACUGUAAGCCCAUCCUGGAUACGUUAUUCGAUUUCUUUACGAAGCAUAUGAUGUACAACCUCAAGAGUGAGGAAACUUUUGGUUCGCCGUCCUUUCUCGAUCAUCUUGAGAGCAACCCCUCUUUGGAUGUUCAGCCGGGUGAUUCAUGCUUCCACAUAUUUCUCAAGAUCCUGGGCUGUGGCCUUAAAUAUCUGUCCGGAAUAUAUGACAACAAAAAGAUAUCUAACAUUUCCUGGCGCUUUUUACCGAACCAUGGCCGCGCGUACCCAAAAGAAAAGCCCCUUCGCUACGACGACCUAGAUGCGCUUCGGAACCACCAUGAUCUCCUAUGUACCCUUUACUGGGCACUUCCAGAUGACUACAGGCCCCGCCUCGAAACUCUACGAGGUCUAGUAGAUCCGGCGACUUCGCAUUUAGAAACCUGCAAUUUGAGUAUCAAUUCAUGGAGACGACUUUGCUUGUUUAAAUUAUCUACAGGCGAAGAUAUCUCUGGCUUGGAACCAUUUGCUAACUGGUACGAGCAUUUUGCAUCAGAAUUGGUGCAACAGCAUGUACUCGCACGAACGGAAGCGGAAGAACAGGCAAAUGGCCAAGUUCUUUUUUCGAAGGAGCUUGUAGAAUUGACGAUUGCUCAAAAUCAAGGUCAAAUUGAGUCAUUGCUAUGCUUCACACUUACGGCAAUGAAUGCAUCGAUUAAGUCAGCAAUUUCACUGAAACAUGCCAACUCUCUGAUAACUGGUGUGCCUUUUGGGAGAUUUUUGAGUUUAUUCAAUCCAGCACAGCCUAGAAUCGAUAGAGUGAUUAAAGAUACUCUCCAGCUUAUCGUCACAUUUAUUGAUAAAGAUCCGGCUCUUGGCACUACAUUGGUGGGCUCUGUUGCGAACGAUGACAGCCGAGAGUACGGAGACUGGUCGGCUACUGAGGAAAUCUACGAUAUGCAGAAACAUAAUGACGUAGUUUCGUAUCUGAAAGACGUGGUUCAGCCUCAUAUUUUGCAACUCAUCUCGAAUUGCUUUGGAGAUGAUCGAUGUCCUGAGGAUACCCUGCUCCUGAAAGUAACUGAAUGCUGGUCUUGUCUGGCUUGUGUGCUUGUUCGGCAUCGUUUGCAUUCUUGGGAUAGCUAUCUCAAUCGAUAUGGCAAGCACUCUUGGACAGCUCUUCGAACAACCCCACAGACACAAAGAUUUAUGCCUCAGUUCUUAGCGAGCUGCAUAGCCAAAGAUCGCAGCUUUUAUACCGAGUGCAGAAUGAAAAUACUUGUGAUGUGGAUGUCGUGUCUAGUGGAGAGAACGUCGUUGCUUAAACAUCAAAAUUACCUUACUGAAACAGUGGUGAAUGCGAAUAAGACCUCACCAUUAUUUCAAAAUCUUCCUUUCGCCCGCGACAUAAAGGAUGAUUGCUACCGUGUUCCACUUUCCGACUUCACAAAUAGGCGCAUAACACUGAUAUCUACCCUUCUAUGGAAUAUGCGUGAACAUUUGCACAAUCUGGAAGACUCCGAUCAAGAGUUAAAAAAUGCACAGGAGGAGUAUAGAGAGCUUAUAAUAGCACUUAUGACAUCAAUGAAAGAAAAGUACCAGGAGCUUGAGCGGCUGGAUAAAUCCGCCCAAGGGCAAUACGUCGAAUUUGUGCAUCGUAUCGUUGGUCUUAUGCAGCAACAUAGCCAAACGAUGUGUCCAAUUGACAAAUUCUUCAUGGAUCCGAUAUCCUUCCCACAACCAGUGAACGAUCCUACCUAUAUUGUAGAUCGUUUGAAGGGUUACGGAUUCGGUUUGAGGCUUUCCCCUGAAAAGUGGGCUAAGCAAUUGAUAAUGUUUGUGCAAAGUGUUUCGGAAAAGACAGCAGUGGACGGUCAGCAAGAUCGUCUUGUUGACCAACUUUGCACAUGCACUGCUGAGACUUACGAAGCGGGCAGUGCUGAAAAACCUUCGCUUCGCUCAUUUCUUCUGCAAUGUGUCUUUCCUGCUUACAUCGAAUGUUCGUUACGCAAAGCGGCAUGGAUCUUUGCAUGGCCAAUACUAAAGGCAAUAUCGCGAAUUUUCGAUGAUUUGGUUUAUGAGAUGGAUGCGAAUGAUUCGAGCUGUAUCUUGUCCGUCAACGGCAUGGUUGAAGCGAUUUUUCAGUCAAUCUACGAUUCAAUGAGCCUUAUCGUUGACCAUCCAGGAUUGGUUGAAGAACCAUAUGUGCUUGUUACUCUGCAGUGCUAUGUUGAUGUAAUAACCUCGUCGCUUCCAAUCAUUGACUAUAUGAAACGGACCUCGGUCGUAAAUAUCCGGAUUAUCGCACUAGUCAAAAUGCUGCACAAACAUAUACUCUUCGCAGUUACGACACUCAUCGACCCCUCUAUGGCAGUGGAUCCAAAUGCUGAAGAUGCUUUAUUGGAAGCUCCGUCAAGCGAAAGCUUGUGUUCAGCAUUUUUUGUGAACUCUCUCUCGUUUGCCGCUGAAGAAUUUCAAACUUGGCUCAACACAAAGUGGUCUAUAAAUGAGGGAAAGAUCUUCUUCCGUCAAGGUGACCUGUUGAAAGAGCUAAAUAUCGGCAUUGUCACGUCAAGCGAAGUUGGUCAUAUCGAGUGUGCCACAACAGCAUUAUUUGAUACAAUUGAGAUUUUUCUAGCUCGGAUAAAGUUACUAGAUUUGCUUGAUGGAAUUGAUAGUAACCAAAUAUGA